UUCCGUACUGCCCAGACGGCCCGGGAAGUUCUGCACGUGGCCGCGUGAGGAACCACGAUGAGGACCCUGGUGCCCCGGAGUCUGGAGAUGGAGCGGGAGCAGGUGUCAUUUGAGGACGUAGCCAUGGACUUCACCCGGGAGGAGUGGCAGGACCUGGAUGCUGCCCAGAGGACCCUCUACAGGGACGUGAUGCUGGAGACCUACAGCAGCCUGGUGUCCUUGGGGCACUGUCUGAACAAACCUGAGUUGAUCUUCAAGCUGGAGCAAGGACUUGGGCCAUGUACUGCAGCGGAAGCCUCGGACAGGAGCCUCCCAGAUCUUCCUAUAUUGACUAUCCAGAAUGUGACCAGCCAGGAAAAUCAUAAGGUGCAUUUGUGGGAAGUUGAAACUCUCCAAACCAAGGCAUCAAGUGAGAAGACUAGCUAAAGAAGGAGCAGAAGACCCAUCCAGGGUCAAAGUCCU